CAUGCGCGGCCGGGGCCGGGGCUGUCGCCCGCUCCAUUGUCUGCAGCCCGGGACUGGGCGGCGGGGGGCGUGAGGAGGACCGAGCCUCCCCCCCCACCCACCCCCAUGGGCGGCUGCACGGCAUGAUCCCAGGGGCAUGGGCAGCUCGCUGAGCGCCGACCAUGGUGCAGCGAGGCAAGCGGGGCGCCGAGGCCGGGCCCGGGGCCGGGGCGGCCGACAAGAAGCUAGGGUGGGGUUCGUCGGGCAUCGACGGCGCGGCCGAGGGCCCGGCCGCCGGCGGCCCCGACCCCUCCUGCACCCGGGACGGGGCGCUGCUGAUCGCGGGCGCCGACUGCGGCAGCGUGCUGGGCAAACCGCGCUCCGGCGGCGCCAAGCGGCCCAAGAGGAAGGCGGCGUAUCGGAAGCUGCAGAACUUCAUGUACAACGUGCUGGAGCGGCCGCGGGGCUGGGCCUUCAUCUACCAUGCCUACGUCUUUUUACUGGUCUUCUCCUGCCUGGUUCUGUCUGUCUUCUCUACCAUCAAGGAAUACGAGAAAGGUUCUGAGGGAGCACUCUACAUUCUGGAGAUAGUGACGAUCGUGGUGUUCGGUGUGGAGUACCUGGUCCGAGUCUGGUCUGCGGGGUGCUGCUGUCGCUACCGAGGAUGGCGAGGCAGGCUGAAGUUCGCCAGGAAGCCCUUCUGUAUCAUCGAUGUGAUGGUCCUGGUGGCCUCCAUCGCUGUCCUCGCCGCCGGCACUCAGGGCAAUGUCUUUGCCACCUCGGCGCUGAGGAGCUUGAGGUUCCUGCAGAUCUUGCGCAUGAUCCGCAUGGAUCGGAGGGGAGGCACCUGGAAGCUGUUGGGAUCUGUGGUCUACGCACACAGCAAGGAGCUGAUUACUGCCUGGUACAUUGGCUUCCUCUGUCUCAUCCUUGCCUCUUUCCUCGUCUUCCUUGCUGAGAAAGAUGACAACAAGGAGUUUGCAACGUAUGCUGAUGCUCUGUGGUGGGGGUUGAUCACAUUGACCACCAUCGGAUACGGCGACAAGUUUCCCAUAACCUGGAACGGGCGGCUCCUGGCUGCCACUUUCACUCUCAUCGGAGUCUCGUUCUUCGCCCUGCCAGCGGGAAUUCUCGGUUCUGGAUUUGCCCUGAAGGUUCAGGAACAACAUCGGCAGAAACACUUUGAGAAACGACGGAAUCCUGCGGCAGGGCUCAUCCAGGCAGCUUGGCGCUAUUACUCUACUAGCCUGUGUCGGACCGAUCUUCACGCCACCUGGCAGUGCUUUGAGCAGACACUGACCGUCCCAAUGUACAGGUUGAUUCCUCCUCUCAACCAGCUGGACCUGCUGCGUAACCUCAAGAGCAAGUCAGGGCUGACGUUCAGGAAGGAGACCCUCGAGAGUACCCCCAGUAAACACAAACCCCGGCGUGAUUCCAUGUGUGGAAUGUGCUGCUCAGGAGACCCUAGCAACAAGGUCAGCCUGAGGGAGAGGUUCUCCAGCCCCAAGGGUCCCAGUGCCAAAGGCAAAGGCUCCGAGCAGAGUGGUGUGCGGCGAUCGCCCAGCGCGGACAACAUCGAGGAGAGUCCCGACAAGGUGCAGAAGAGCUGGAGCUUCACCGACAGAACCCGCUUCAGGCACGCCUUCCGCCUGAAGGGAGCGGGGUCGCGGCAGAACUCCGAGGACCAAGGCAGCCUGCCCGAGGAACUCAUCCCAGACAACAGGAGCUACCAGUGUGAGUUUGUCACGGAUGACCUCACCCCCGGACUGAAAAUUUCUAUCAGAGCGUUGUGCAUUAUGCGAUUUCUUGUUUCCAAGCGGAAGUUUAAGGAAAGCUUGCGGCCUUACGACGUGAUGGAUGUGAUCGAGCAGUACUCCGCUGGACACUUGGACAUGCUGUCCAGGAUCAAAAACCUGCAGUCCAGGAUAGAUAUGAUUGUGGGCCCCCCACCCCCUUCAACUCCCCGGCAUAAGAAGCUUAAAGGAGUCCUCACCACUUCCAAAGAUUCAAUCCAAUAUUCUCCUAGAGUCGACCAAAUCGUCGGCCGAGGUCCCCAGAUUCAGGAGAAAGACCGCUCCAAGGUUCCAGCGGAGACAGAGAUUGCAGAGGAUCCCAGUAUGAUGGGGCGGCUGGGCAAGAUGGAGCAACAGGUGCACUCCAUGGAGAAGAAGCUGGAUUUCCUGGUCAACAUUUACAUGCAGCAGAUGGGAAUCCCACAGUCGGAGACCCAGGCUUACUUCAUUUCCAAAGAGCCGGACCCUGCCCCACCGUACCACAGCCCGGUGGACAACCUGGAACUCUGUGAGAAGAACACCAAUGCCAACAAGCCGACCUGCUCGUGCACGGCACACAGGUCCUUCCCCGGGCACGGAGGGACAACCCAGGGCUGCCCACCCUGCACCUCCUUCCACCAACACACGGCCAACGGGCUCAGCCGACACAGCCACGGGGCACUGACCUUCGUCACCUCUCCCAUGGGCGACGGCGCGGCCUUCGUCAGGAUUCCGCCGCCGCCGCCCUCCUCCUCCCACGACAGGAUGUCCAGCCAUGGUGGGACCGGCCGGGGGGCUUCGGAGUACGGGCGGCACGAGGACCACGCCUCCAAGCACCUGGAUGCGGCGCUGAAAGAGAGGGACAGUGACACGUCCAUCUCCAUCCCCUCCGUGGACCACGAGGAGCUGGAGCGCUCCUACAGUGGCUUCAGCAUCUCACAAUCCAAGGACAACCUGGAGAGCGCCAGUAACGCCCCUUACCCCGGGAUCGCGCCCUGGUCCAAGGUCAGACUCUACAUCGCCGAAGGAGAAAGUGACACUGACUCAGAAGCAUGCACCCCCUGUGGCCCCCCAAGGUCUACCACCAGUGACGGGGCCCACUGCGAUUUUGCAUGGAUUUCAAAAUAAACAAGAGGGCAUGGUUCAUCAUGGGGGAGUGAGUCUGCAGUGGUGUGAGGGUGGGGAACCACUCUUACUGCUGCAAGGUUGAGGGACAGUACCAUAAGUCCCGGUCACACGUCACAGCCUCCUCCCCAUCCAUCGAUCACCCAGGGGCCGGAUCGGGUUCUCAAUGGAUUCCCCACGGAACAAGCCGCCCUGCCCUACCCCCCCCCCCCCCCCCCCCCCCCCGUCUCCCGUCCCAUCAACCGCUCCCAUUGCACCGGGUCCCCAGUGCGCAGAGAAGGCACCUUCCACCCACCGUCCUCGCCCCAGGCGUCCGACCAAUGAAUGUACCUUCGGCACCUCCUCACUGCCGCGCGGAGGUGUGGAAGUAAGGGAAUAAACUCCACAGAGAACAGCGGUGGGGCUUCUGGGGAGUUCUGAAAGCAUGGAUCAAUUCAAGAGCUAAAGGUAGGGGGAGGGAACUGGAGCUGGAUUGGAGGAUUUUCCCGGAAAGAGGAAUUGAGGGAGAAGAGGUGGUGAAGCAGCCAUCUACCCCUGUGUUACUGCCCUCCUGGGUAUCUUUGACCUUAAUCAUGUUUAACAUUAAUUAUGCUUUAUCAUAAAAUGCUUUGGUUACCAUAGUUGAAGGUUGGGGAGAUAAGAUGCUGGGUACAACUCUGUUGCUCAGGCUGCCUUCUCCUGGUGAGACGGACUGGACCUGUCCAUGUGAUCGCUCUUCCUGUUGAAUCCCAGGUGUUAAUGAAUGUCUGGAGUAGGCCUCAUGUCCACUCUGUCCGGAGUCUAAUUCUUACCUGGCCCAUUAAUCUGUGAGGAACACUGGAUUAACCCCCUGUUUUUGUCUCUGAGCUGUCCUGUUAUGUCUCAGUUCCCUGCCCUGACAGCCUUGGCUCCCUAGUAAGGGUACUUGACCCUGAAUCAAUUCCACCAAUGGCUGGCUAUCUCAGCUGGGCUGACUGUUUGUUCCAAGGUUGUGAGUUCGAUUCCCACAUGGGACACACCUCUUUUGCAACAUCCUCUUCAAUGUAAUCUUGAACAUUUUUGAUUUGUACUCAUUGCUGCGUCGCUCUGAAAAUAGCAGUACUGAGGGAGUGCGGCACUGUCAGAGGGGCUGUCUCUUAGAGCAGGCAUUAAACUGAAGCCCCAGUAGCUCUCCAGGUUCCCACCAUACUGUUUCAAAGAUGAACCAGGGAAACCCUCAGCCAACAUAUUUAUCCCAGCACUACAGUCCUUACACCGAUCGUUCUGGUUGUUGUCACUCUGCUGUCUCUGGCAGCUGUACUGGUCCUACAUUACAACCUUGCCAACAUUUUAAGAAGACCUCCACUGGCUGUCGAGGGCUGUGGGAUGUCCUGAGGUCCGAGCAGCACUUUCUAAAUGAGAGUCUUGCUUUCAUCUUGGAAGCUAAGCCUGGUUUGGUUCCAAGUCCUCCUGUAGACUCCAGGGAUGGUGUCCCCAGCUGGGUCUGUCACCAUUCAACUUUCCACUGCCAAGCACCUCACUCCCCCUCACCCACUGGCCCAUCCUCUGAGCACACCGCCUUCCCACAACCAAUUGCAGAUGGCCUCUUUGUCAACCAGACACCUUGACUGUGGCCCAGACUUUGAUUCCCCCCCACUUCCAGUCUUCAAUAGUUUUGCAUCCAAAAGAAAAUGUUCAAAGCAGAUAGAACUUCAUUUUACUGCCCUUGCUGGCCCUUCACUGAUGUACAAGUCUGAGAGACUGAUCCUCAACUUCUGGGAAUUUCAGACCACUGACUGAACACAGGGCAGUCACAGCUUUGCACAUUUACAUUGUGCCUUUUCUUAAACCGAAGCCUUGCACUUUGCAUGGGUCAACGGACUCUCCUGAAUAAUUAGCACGAACUCUUUUAGAGGAACUCCCUUGAUUUAACACUGUGAAGUUGGGAACUAGUUUACAGUUAUCCCUUAUUUUUUCUGUGCCAUAACCAGUGUACACGAGGCUUUGUUAACCGAUAUCCAUAGGAAUUCCUGUGGCCUGAUCAUCAAGAGUGCGUCCACCUCUUGCCCUGGUCCCAACACUCCACUGGGAUCUUACAACAACAGUUUGCCUUUAUAUAGCAUCCUUAAUGUAGUACAACAUUCCAAGGUGUUUCACAGGCACAGAGCCAGCAUUGACUCAUUGGGCCAAGUGGCCUCGCUGUGCUGUGAGAAAACCAAACAAUGGGUAUUAGAGGCUUCCCCAAUGUAGCAGCUCAGGCCGUCUGAGGUGGGUGAGGAACCCCCGGAUUUUACCUCAGUGCCCAACAACAUACACUAUGUAAGUUAUAAGUCAGGUGACAAAUGAUUGUGAGAACAGUGAACAUGUUGCUGAUCCUCGCCCCGGUGUAGUUCCCAUGAUCCCGGUGUCCGUGACUGAUAAGUUUACCAUGGGAAUACUGAUGAGGAACUACCUUCCGCUCACCAAGCUCAACCGUGAAGGAGGGUGUUCCCUGUGUCUGUCAUUACCCUGGAUCUGUAACCAAUCAAGGUCUCCGAUUCUGGCCUUUUAACUAUCGGUGAGCUAACUUGCUUCACCAGGGGAGAUGUGCCUACCAAGGCCCUGUGUUCACGGUGGUUUAAUCACAGCUCUGCCCACUGGAGAUGUGGAAUUCUGGUCUGCCAUGGCAGCUGGGGGCGUCAAAUUCAGUUCAUUAAAUAAAUUUGGAGUUUUUUUUAAAGAAAAAUCAACAUUAGUAAUAUCUCCUUCCAUGGUCUGGUCUUCAUAUCCGUCCUGGGCCUCCAAACAGUUGACUCUAAGCUGCCCUCUGAAAUGACCCGGGUAGUGUGCUGGCACUACCAGCAAUCCGGUGAUUGAAUAAAUGACACCACAGCUCCCUUCCUAAACCUCUCCACGUCUCGCUUCCAUAAAACCUGUAAUUUUCACCAAACCUUUAGUGUGACUCUGUGUUUGGUGUUCAGUCCCAUGAAGCACCUUGGGAUGACGGACGAGGUGGUAGGUGUCGGUUGUUGCUGACAGUAACCUGUUUGCUCAUGGGUUUGUGUGUGUCAUGUUGUUGAUAUGGGGCCUUCAGUUACUCUGGCCCAUGGCUGGCAGAUGCCUUGAGUGAAUUGUUCCAAGGGUUUGAUAUACGGGCUGGUGACUAGUUGUCAGCAAGGUGUCAAAACAGGGCAGCACCCGUCUGCUGAUCUCACAGGUCUUUAUUGAUGCUUCACAGGGCUGUCUGACACAUUAUACACACUACACACACACCACGCAG